GGUCCCGCCCCCUCCCGGCACCAUCAGCCCUUUGGGAGGCAGUCUCGGAUGCAGCCGCCGUUCGCGUUUUGAGCCGUCUGUGCCGCCAUAGCUGCCUGUAGCCGCAGUUGCGGCGAAACAGGAGUUCCGACCGCGAUGCCCGGGGGACCCGCGAACGGGACAGUCUCCGAUUCCUGGGGCUGGUCGCUGCUGGGCCAGAACCGAAGACCCUAUGGAAUGAGGAGCGCGUGCCGAGGCUGGGGAUCCGCCUGAACCCCUGCGCCUUUCGGGGUUCCCUCAUCAUGAUGUCUAUGGAAGGUUCCACCAUCACCAGCCGGAUCAAGAACUUACUCAGGUCCCCGUCCAUAAAACUGCGCAGGAGCAAGACUGGUAGCCGGAGGGAGGAUAUCAGCACCAAGGUAACCUUGGAGAAGGUGCUGGGAAUAACAGUGUCUGGAGGCAGAGGACUGGCUUGUGAUCCCCGGUCAGGUCUGGUUGCAUACCCAGCUGGAUGUGUCGUCGUUUUAUUCAAUCCCCGGAAACACAAGCAGCACCACAUCCUCAACAGUUCCAGGAAAACCAUCACUGCUCUUGCCUUCUCCCCAGAUGGCAAGUACCUGGUCACUGGAGAGAGUGGGCAUAUGCCUGCUGUACGAGUGUGGGAUGUGGCAGAGCGUAACCAGGUGGCAGAACUACAAGAACACAAGUAUGGUGUUGCCUGUGUGGCCUUUUCCCCCAGCUCCAAGUACAUUGUCUCCGUGGGCUAUCAGCAUGACAUGAUUGUCAAUGUCUGGUCCUGGAAGAAAAACAUUGUGGUAGCUUCCAAUAAAGUUUCGAGUCGAGUGAUGGCUGUAUCCUUUUCUGAGGACUGCAGCUACUUUGUCACUGCUGGCAACCGGCACAUCAAAUUCUGGUACUUGGAUGAUAGCAAGACUUCAAAGGUGAAUACCACAGUACCAUUGCUGGGCCGCUCAGGGCUGUUGGGGGAGCUUCGGAACAAUCUUUUUACUGAUGUGGCUUGUGGCCGAGGAAAGAAAGCAGAUAGCACUUUCUGUAUCACCUCUUCUGGACUGCUGUGUGAAUUUAGUGAUCGAAGGCUAUUGGACAAAUGGGUGGAACUUCGGAAUACAGACAGCUUCACAACCACAGUGGCCCACUGUAUCUCAGUGAGCCAAGACUAUAUCUUCUGUGGCUGUGCUGAUGGAACUGUGCGUCUCUUCAAUCCCUCUAAUCUUCACUUCCUCAGUACACUGCCCAGGCCACAUGCCCUGGGCACUGACAUAGCCAGCGUCACCGAGGCUAGCCGCCUCUUCUCCGGUACAGCUGAUGCCAAGUACCCAGAUACCAUUGCCUUGACCUUUGAUCCCAAUAAUCAGUGGCUGUCCUGCGUAUACAACGACCAUAGCCUCUACGUAUGGGAUGUAAGGGACCCCAAGAAAGUGGGCAAAGUGUACUCGGCUCUUUACCAUUCAUCUUGUGUCUGGAGUGUAGAGGUAUACCCUGAGGUAAAGGACAGUAACCAGGCCUGCCUGCCUCCCAGCUCCUUCAUUACCUGCUCCUCAGACAAUACAAUCCGCCUAUGGAACACUGAGAGCUCUGGCGUCCAUUCUGCAUUACACCGCAACAUCCUCAGCAAUGACCUGAUCAAGAUAAUUUAUGUGGAUGGGAAUACCCAGGCCCUGCUGGACACAGAGCUGUCAGGGGGUGGAGACAAAACCGAUGGAUCACUGGUAGAUACCCGAGUGGGAAUCCGUUCUGUUUGCAUCAGCCCUAAUGGACAGCAUCUUGCUUCAGGGGACCGAGUGGGCACACUUAGAGUACAUGAGCUGCAGUCCUUGAGUGAGAUGUUACGGGUUGAGGCCCAUGACUCAGAGAUCCUAUGCCUGGAAUAUUCCAAGCCAGACACAGGUCUAAAACUGCUGGCCUCCGCAAGCAGAGACCGUCUCAUCCAUGUGCUGGAUGCUGGACGAGAAUAUAGUUUGCAGCAAACUCUGGACGAACAUUCUUCUUCAAUCACUUCAGUCAAAUUUGCAGCAAGUGAUGGACAGGUCCGCAUGAUCAGCUGUGGAGCAGACAAGAGCAUCUACUUCCGUACUGCACAGAAGUCUGGAGAUGGGGUACAAUUUACCCGGACACACCAUGUGGUACGAAAGACAACCCUGUAUGACAUGGAUGUGGAACCCAGCUGGAAGUACACAGCCAUUGGCUGCCAAGACAGAAAUAUCAGGAUCUUUAAUAUUAGCAGUGGAAAGCAGAAGAAACUCUACAAGGGAUCCCAAGGUGAAGAUGGCACCCUCAUCAAGGUUCAGACGGACCCCUCAGGCAUCUACAUUGCUACCAGCUGCUCAGACAAGAAUCUCUCCAUUUUUGAUUUCUCUUCAGGAGAGUGUGUAGCUACCAUGUAUGGCCAUUCAGAGAUUGUCACUGGCAUGAAGUUCAGCAAUGACUGCAAACAUCUCAUCUCUGUAUCAGGAGACAGCUGCAUCUUUGUAUGGCGUUUGAGCUCAGAAAUGACUAUCAGCAUGCGGCAACGUUUGGCUGAGCUUCGGCAACGCCAGCGAGGGGGGAAGCAACAGGGGCUAUCACCCCCUCGAAGGGCUUCUGGGCUCAACCGUCGAGAGACCCCUACAGUGCUUUCUCCAGUACCAGCCCUUUCCUCAGACAGUGACAAAGAUGGGGAAGAUGAGGGUACUGAGGAAGAAGAGCUGCCAGCCUUGCCCAUUCUUGCCAAAGGUCCCAAGAAGGAUCCAGCUUCAGCCCGAGGUCCAACCCUACCCCGAAGCCUGUCCCACUGGGAAAUGAGUCGGACUCAGGAGGGAGUAGAAUUCCUGGACUCGGCUCCUGCUGCCAGCCAAGGUCCCCGAAGACGAGGACGAUGGGCCCAGCCAGGUGUAGAGUUAAGCGUUCGUUCCAUGCUGGACCUUCGGCAAUUGGAGACACUGGCCUCAGCACCUCGGCCACCCAGCGAGGACUCUCUGGCACAGGAGUCACAGACUCAGGCCCAGUCUGUCCUUGAGAAAUAUAGCCAACAGGCCUCUGUAGAUGUCCAUCCCAGCCAGAAUGGAAAUGUUUCCCAGUCCCUGACUUCCAAGUCUUGUGCCUGCUCUCAAGUUAUCCAGAUGAUUUCUCAGGAAGAGGAGGUCUUCGCUCAAGAGUUGGAGCCAAUGAACAAUGAAGAUGGUGUUGUAUACCCUGAACCAGGCAGUUGCCCUUCCAUUGAUACCAGCAAUGAGUUCCAGGUACAGGCCCUUCCCCAUGGCCCACUGGGUAGAGUGUAUCCAAGUAGCAGAAGCACUGAGAAACACAGUCCUGAUAGUGCCUGCUCUGUGGACUAUAGCAGUAGCCGCCUUUCCAGCCCAGAGCAUCCCAAUGAAGAUUCUGAGAGCACAGAGCCCCUGAGUGUGGAUGGAAUCUCCUCAGACCUUGAAGAACCAGCUGAGGGGGAAGAAGAGGAGGAAGAAGAAGAUAGAGGAACUGGCUCUGGUGGGCUACAGGGAGGCAGUCCCUGUACUCCUGACCAGGAACAGUUCCUCAGACAGCACUUUGAGACCCUAGCCAAUGGAACUGCUCCAGGCAGUCCAGGCCGACCCCUGGAGAGGAUGGAGCCUCAAAGCAUAUCAUCCCGAUUCCUAUCCCAGGUGCAGACUCCUGCACUCAGCUCUCUCUUAUCUCAUUCCUCCAGGGAGUUCUCUCUGUCUUCCAUGAGUUCAGUACUACCACAGAAGCCCAUCAGGGUGUUUCCGAGUCCCAGUGAGAAGCCUAGCAGUGGAACCAUCAGCCCCCAGAAAGCCCCCCCAGAGGCUGAGUCAAUUUCGAGGGGCUCUAACCCCCAGCCUGUGGCAUCUGUACUCCGACGGCGCCGCCUGAACCUGGAUAACAACUGGACGCACAAGAAGACAGCCUUACCUGGCUCUGGCGCCAGCCUCCAGAAAGCCCAGUCAGUGCAUAACCUGGCAUCACAAGAUGAGCCAUCUCUACCUGGUCCAGUACCUCUACAACAGAGUGAUGUCCAAGAAGGACUGGGCUCUCUAACUCAAGCUGACGGUCGCCCAACUCGGCCCCAUUCUUAUCUGAACCCUACCACCAGCUCCGUGGCUAAGAUGUCUCGUAGCACCUCUGUGGGGGAAAACCUAGGCCAGGGGGAUUUGACUGAAACUCAGGUCUCUAACCCCAUCAGGAUCACAUCCAUCAGCAAGCCAGCUCUGCCAAGCCGGGCUCACCUUGUUCUGGACAUUCCCAAGCCACUGCCUGAUAGGCCCAGCCUGGCUGCUUUCUCCCCUGGGGCAAAGGGCCGGGCCCCUUGUGAAGCUCAACAACUUGGCCCCCCAGGGAUCCUGGGGAAGAAGUCUGCCACAACAGAGGGGAGGGCCUGCCCAGGGGAGGGACCCAUUCUCACACCCAGGACAGAAUGCCAGGCUCAGCUGGGGCCCCAAAGGUCUUGUGUCCAGGAACUACCAGCCACAUGCCUCCCCCGAGAGCCUGAGAACUUGCAGCCCCCACCCCCAGAGAAGAUCCCCAGUCCCAUGGAACCUUCCAGGCCAGGGACUUCCCUGAGCCAGGACUCAGAACUGGUGAUGAUGGUGAGCAUGGAACAGUGUGAGCGCCUUGUGGCAGAACUUCGGAACAGCGUACGCCAAGUUGUUCAACUAUAUCGAUUGGUGGCCAGCACCAGAACACCUUCCACGGAGCAGAAUCAGAUUGUGCAAUUCCUCAAUGACACCUUCUCCUCAGUGCGGCAGGAAUUGGAGGCCCUGGCAGGUGUGGUGACAGUCAGCCCCAGUGGGAGCCCAAGUGCUGUAGGAGCCGAACAGACACAGGCACUGCUGGAGCAGUACUCAGAGCUGCUGCUCCAGGCUGUGGAAAGACGCAUGGAACGGAGGCUCUGAGACCUGGAGCACCCGUCCAAAGAGGUGUUUUCCCUUUCUUCCCUGGAGACCUAUGUCAAGACUGUUCAAACCUGAGGGGUCCACCCCCUGGGCAGCCUUUGAAUGGAAAGUAGGGGACCCUACUUUCCCAUAUUUUCCUCAGUACUCCCUGGACCUAUUUAUUAAUUUAUUUUCCUGAUAAUUGUCCCAUUCUUGACUUCUGCCUCCACAGUGCCCCCAAAUGCCUAAAUCUGGAGCAGAUCUGAAGACUGCCCAAAGUUCUCUUGGUGCUUCAUGGAAGCAAUGGGGAGUUGGGAAAUAGCUCAUCCCAUUGGGUUUGGGGGACCUGGGAAGGAAUCCUAGCUCUCUUCUUUGAAGCCAUUUGAAUCACUUGCAGGGAUCAGCUCCCUGGGCUGGAGCAAAUACAGGGUAUUUAGUAGGGUAAAGGCACUUAAUGCCCCACCUCACCAAUGGCAGUUAGUCCUGCCUCUGUCCCCCAUGCCCUGAAACUAGCUGGACUUCUCCAGUGCAUGAAUAGAAGGUUCCAAUGACUGUCACUGUCACCAUCAUUGUUCCCUUGCAGUUCAGAAAUGCAAAGUCCUAUGGACCUUAUUGUCUGUGGUACUCAACCAUAAGGGGACCAGAAUGGUCAGGUCAGGGAUACCUCCUUACUUAUAAUUCCACUCCAUGUCCUUUCAGAGGGCCCCUCCCUCAACAUUGUCUACAUUCCUCUCCUCCCCCCCAAAAAGUGUUUUUUCCCCCACUGGCCAGAGUAUGUGGGGUCAGCUCUAUGAAGCAUUACUGCAGGUCAGUAAGGUCUUCAAGCUGGAUCUAUCUUGGAAUUCUGGUCUCCUUCCUCUUCUCUUUCCCUCUUCCUCUCACCCCAAUCCCACUCUCCCUCCCUUACAUUAUUCCAGAAUUCUAGGUUGUAGAAGCCAAGCCUAUUCUUUCUUUCUUAAGUGCUUGGUCAAAGUCUGUGAGGAUGAGGACUGGAGCUUUCCAUCUACUUUUAAAGGGCAGUUCUAAGGUGCUAGCUCUAUCAUAACUGAGUCCAUUCUUCAAAGAUUUCAGAAGCAGGAACCUCAGACUAUGAUUCCCUCUCCUCCCCACUCAUUCUUCUAUCUGUGGCUGUUCCCUUGCAUUCAUUCCUUGGCUUUGCCUCCUGUGUUGAUUCUCAACACAAUCUGCCCCAUCUUCUCUGAUAGAACUUAAAGGGGGCAUAUGAAAGAGUGGGCUCAGAACUUUGUGUGGCAUAUUUGCUCUAGCCACAGGAUGGACUUACCGGCUCCCCUAGUACCACAGGAGAUCUCACUUAAAGCCAUAUCAUCUGGAAAGCAGGCCUCCUUCAGAACAGUGUUGUGUAGCCAUCACACUGGGUCCUCAGUGUUCUGAUAUUGAGGGGACAGAAUGCUUAGGAAUCUAUGAAUCUAGCCAAUGGCUCAGAGACAUUUUGGGAAGGAAGUAAGUGGAACAGGUUUGGGGAGAGAAGUUAGAAAUAGUGUAGGAUAGGGGGCUGAGUAUUAGAAAAGGCAGUUGUGAGUGGAGAGAGAUUAGUAGAAGGGCAAGCACGUAAUAGUAGGACCUCGUAGUGAGAUUUCGUGUAAGAGUUGAGGGUUAUCAAAGUGUGUCUCUGGGAUCUCUGCUGCUGAUACCUUGUCAAGAAGGUUGCAGCCCUGUAUAGAAUGCUUCCCCGUGUCAGUAAGAGGCCUUGCAGUCCUGUGCAACAUAAGCAUAAAACGGGGAUAAUCUGGAGCUUGGCCAUGCUUAUUCCUCCAUCUUCUCACUUCCACUUUCCACAAGCUCUUCUCCCCUCCCCAUCUGCCUGCAUUCUGACAUCUGCAUGAACCACCAGCAGGAAAACCUUGUGGCAGGUGGUACAGCUUAAUGAGACCAGAAACCUGGGAACGACUGCCACGGACCAGCGUGGAGGAGGGGCCCACUUAAAAAUGCACCCCACCCCAUCCGCUGAAGUCUCAGGCCAGCCAGGGUCCAAUGCUGCAGUUUAAUCCAGACCGUGAACCUCGAGUUACAGCCCUUUAUCUGCUCUCCGGAGCUUCUCCGUGCUCUGUGGAGGCCGAUUCCCACUCGCAUUGCCGCGCUCCAGGAGGAGGGACUCUCACUGUACUAAAUAAGGAUUGUCGUCAUCGGCCGGAGCUAGGCCGGGAGCCUCUGCAUGCCCGAGGUCUGGCACUGCCCCUUGUUCCUUGCCAUUUUGGACACCCCUUAUUUAUAACUUUUAUACUCUGGCCUCAGCCUCGCUCUGUUCCCUUCCCUGUGCAUCCCCGCGGGGCUGAGGUCCUUUUUAACAUGUCCGUUUGUAUCCGUGUCGAACCAGUCAAUAAAACACGGCUCCUUUGUUACGGA